AUGAAGAUAUUCGUAGUUCUGGCCGCUGUGAUCGCUUGCACCCACUCCUAUGGAGUAGUUGGAGUAGGAGUUGGUAGAGCUAUUUCUGCUGCUACUGCCACAGCAACAGCAUCUGGCAGUGCUGGUGGUUUGAAUGGUGGUUUUGGUGGCGGUUUGAAUGGCGGCUUUGGCGGUCUCGGAGCCGGAGGUUUUGUCAGACCUCCAUUCGGUGGAUUUGGUGGUUUUGGAGGCUCCGGAGCCAUUGGCGGCUUUGGUGGCCCCGCCGCUUUUGGUCGCCCUGCAUUUGGCGGCUUUGGACGUCCUGCAUUUGGCGGCUUUGGACGUCCUGCAUUUGGCGGUUUUGGCCGUCCUAGCUUUGGCGGUUUUGGUGGUUUCGGUGGAUUUGGUGGCAAUGCCGGCGGAUCAGCCUCAUCAAAUGCUGCUGCUAAUUCACAAGCUCUCGGUGGAGGUCUUGGCGGUGGUUUCGGUAAUGCCGGUGGAUCGGCUUCUGCAAAUGCUGACGCUUCUGCCUCAACGGUGGGUGGUGGUCUUGGCGGUGGUUUCGGCAAUGCUGGUGGUCUUGGCGGUGGUUUCGGUAAUGCCGGUGGAUCGGCUUCUGCAAAUGCUGACGCUUCUGCCUCAACCGUGGGUGGUGGUCUUGGCGGUGGUUUCGGCAAUGCUGGUGGUCUAGGCGGUGGUUUCGGUAAUGCCGGUGGAUCGGCUUCUGCAAAUGCUGACGCCUCUGCUUCAACCGUAGGCGGUGGUCUUGGCGGUGGUUUCGGAAAUGCUGGUGGUCUUGGCGGUGGUUUCGGUAAUGCUGGUGGUCUUGGUAAUGCCGGUGGAUCGGCUUCCGCAAAUGCUGACGCUUCUGCUUCAACUGUAGGAGGUGGUCUUGGCGGUGGUUUCGGCAAUGCUGGUGGUCUAGGCGGCGGUUUCGGUAAUGCUGGUGGUCUUGGCGGUGGUUUCGGUAAUGCUGGUGGUCUUGGCGGCGGUUUCGGUAAUGCCGGUGGAUCGGCCUCCGCAAAUGCUGACGCUUCUGCUUCAACCGUAGGUGGUGGUCUUGGCGGUGGUUUCGGCAAUGCUGGUGGUCUCGGUGGUGGACUAGGCGGUUUCGGUGGACCCCUUGGCGGAGGUUUGGGUAAUGCUGGUGGUUCUGCUUCAGCAAAUGCCGGUGCCACGACCUCAGCUGUCGGUGGUGGUCUUGGCGGCGGUUUCGGUAAUGCCGGUUCAUCAGCCUCUGCAAAUGCUGGCGCUACAACAUCAGCCCUCGGUGGUGCCGGUGGUCUUGGCGGUGGUUUCGGCAAUGCCGGCUCAUCAGCCUCUGCUAAUGCUGGCGCUACAACAUCAGCCCUCGGGGGUGCCGGUGGUCUUGGCGGUGGUUUCGGCAAUGCCGGUUCAUCAGCCUCUGCAAAUGCUGGCGCUACAACAUCAGCCCUCGGUGGUGCCGGUGGUCUUGGCGGUGGUUUCGGCAAUGCCGGUUCAUCAGCCUCUGCUAAUGCUGGCGCUACAACAUCAGCCCUCGGUGGUGCCGGUGGUCUUGCCGGUGGUUUCGGCAAUGCCGGUUCAUCAGCCUCUGCAAAUGCUGGCGCUACAACAUCAGCCCUCGGUGGUGCCGGUGGUCUUGGCGGACUCGGUGGUUUUGGUGGAUUCGGCAAUGCCGGUAGCUCCGCCUCAGCCACAUCCAGUGCCAAAACUUCAUCAGUUGGUGGUGGAUUCGGUGGAUCCUCUGCUAUUGCCAACUCUGUUGCCAAUGUUGUUGUAGGUUAA